UCAUUUCAGUGCAAAUUGCUGUUGAGCCAUAUGUGUUAUCACCUUAUCACUGACAAGGAGGGUUCUAUUUCGAGCGCCUACGUUAGUUGAUAGACGGGGACUGGACUUAUUAUCUAAAAUAAAGUCAUCUUAAACUGCUGCGCAUAUGUGAUAACGGCUUUUGUGUCUUUCAAAUCGGCAAAGGCAUAACGAGUUCUUGCCCAAACUGUUCGAGAACCCUUUGCAAAUCACUAAACAAUCAUUUUCGUGGUAAUUAUUACGGAAAGGAUGACUGUUUUCACUGUAGGAGUGGUAGCAGCCGUCGCGACUGCAGGACUAGCAGCUCCCGUAGUGACCGCCCCGGCCUUAAGUGGGAUGGUGGCUGGAUCAGCCUCAGCCGCUUCUGCGGCAGCAGCAACAGCCACAGCCACAGCGACAGCGGGAGCAGGAACAGCAGCUGGUGCCGCCGGUUCAACUGCCGUGAUCGCAAGCGGCCCAGUCGGCUGGAUCGUACUCGGAGCUGAAGACUGGGGAUUGCAGCAUCACUGGGAAGUUGGUGGCUUCACGUUCGACUGCUGGAAACCGGUGGUACGAGACAAUUCGACCCAACUGUCGAGCGGGAAACUCUUGAAGGAGAUUUUAGAGGAUCAGCGCAUCAAAGAAAUAAUCGUUCACGAGAGCCGAAACAGUUGGAAUCUUCCCGAAUUACGUCUGGUCAACAUCUGGGAGGAGCGAUUCGACAUCAACUAUCUCGUUUUGCCCACCAAUAACCAACUGGUGGCUCACGCUGUUCGUGUGUCUUAAGUUUUUUCCCGAAAU